AUGAGUUUCAGCCGCAGCAGUGGCAUCACUGCCCGCAACUUCAGGCCUUGUCUACCCCAGAAUCGUCUCCGCAUUCGCUCCACUCUACCACCGCUCUUGUCCCGGAGAUUCCAUGCAAGCUCUCUGCUAUGGGGGAUCAAGUCACAAGUUCUAAAAGAUGUCGGGGAGGGCAUCACUGAGGUCCAGAUCAUUCAAUGGUACGUGGAAGAAGGGGCUCAUAUUGAGGAAUGGAAGCCUUUGUGCCAAUAUCAGUCGGAUAAGGCUGUCGAUGAUAUUACUUCGAGAUACGAGGGCGUUAUCAAGAAAUUACAUUUCGAGACAGAUGAUACAGUGCCUACAGGCAGGGCACUCUGCGAUAUUGAAGUUGCAGAUGGAAAAUACCCCGAUGAUAACCCGUCGCACGAGUCAAGGGCAGUGCCGUCUGAACCUACUCCAGCCUCUGAUAUCACACCUGCAGUUCAAGCAGCCGAGUCCUCUCCAAUAACCCCUCCUCCUUCCAAAGUUCUGGAAGAGACACCCAAGUCAAAGCAUGCAUCCCUUGCAGUUCCCGCAGUACGCGGGCUAUUGAAAAGCCACGGCGUGAACAUCCUCGAUAUCAACGGAACCGGCAAAGAAGGGCGGGUGAUGAAAGAAGAUGUCCUGAAAUUCGUAGCCGAGAGAGAUUCUCCAGCAGUUCCGACAUCAGCGCCCGCCCCAGUCUCCGUGUCACCAGACACACGCCAAGUAGAGUCAAUCGUCAACCUGACCCCGAUGCAAUCACAGAUGUUCAAAACAAUGACCAAAUCUCUGAACAUCCCACACUUCCUCUAUACAGACGAACUCAAAAUCAACGACAUCACCGCCAUCCGCAAGAAACUCGCCAGCGAUAAACGCGAUCCUACCAAAAUCACCUUCCUCCCCUUCGUCGUCAAGGCCGUCUCACAGGCUCUGACCGAGUUCCCAAUCCUCAACUCGAAAAUCGAUACCAGCGAUCCCACAAAGCCCAAGCUAGUCAUGCGCGCCAAGCACAAUAUCGGAAUUGCCAUGGAUACGCCGAACGGUCUGAUUGUUCCCAACAUCAAGGACGUUGCCAACCGUUCGAUUAUUGAUAUUGCCGCUGAGGUCGCGCGGCUCAGUGCCCUUGGUCAAAGCGGCAAGUUGACACCCGCAGAUAUCAGUGGUGGUACUAUCACCGUGUCAAAUAUCGGCAAUAUUGGAGGUACAUAUGUGGCUCCGGUACUUGUGCCGACGGAGGUGGCUAUUCUCGGUGUGGGUAAGACUAGAGCUGUGCCGGUCUUUGAUGAGGACGGACAGGUUACACGCGGGGAUAUGGUUAACUUUAGUUGGAGCGCGGACCACCGUGUCAUUGAUGGUGCGACAAUGGCGAGGAUGGGUAACAGGGUUAAGGACCUAGUGGAGUCACCCGAGCUUAUGCUUCUAAAUCUUAGGUGA